AUUCAUCCACAUAACUUCAAACCUACACUUUCAUAUAUCUAACUCCAUUUUCAACCUCUUUUCACUUUCAUAUAGUUUCAUACAAAUUAAAAAAAAACUAUCAAUAAUUUCAAUUGGAUUUAAAUCUCAACAGCAUAUACAUAUGCUGUGCAGAGGAAGAAGUUCAACAAGAUGUCGAAAAUCUGGAUCGGUUCCGGUAUACCUGAAUGUCUAUGAUCUUACCUCCAUGAACGGAUGCGCGUAUUGGCUCGGUCUCGGUGUUUAUCAUUCCGGCGUUCAAGUUCAUGGAGUUGAGUAUGCAUUUGGAGCUCACGAAAAACCGACGACUGGAAUCUAUGAAGGAGAACCGAGGCAGUGCGAAGGAUUCACGUUCAGAAAACAGAUUUUGAUCGGAUGGACGGAGAUGAGUCUGGCGGAGAUCAGAGGAUUCAUGGAAGAACUCGCUCAAGACUAUAAAGGAAAUUCGUAUAAACUAAUCACCAGAAACUGCAAUCAUUUUUGUAACGAUGCGUGUAUCAGACUCACCGGAAAUCCUAUACCGAGUUGGAUUAAUCGUCUCGCGAGAAUCGGUUUAUUGUGCAAUUGCUUAAUUCCAGCGAGUAUAAGUUCGUGUAAAGUUGGAAAAGGAAGUAAUAAGACGUGUGAUGAAUAUGAAAUGAAGGAGAAACUGAUGAGGCGUUCGAGUAGUGUAACUUCAUCUUCGAAUUCUUCAUCAUCGUCGGAGAAGUCAACGUUGGAGUCAACUCCGGUUUAUCUGACUAGAAGCUUUGGAACCAGAAGUUUUGUUCCUCCGUCUUCACCUUUUCUUCAAUAUUCUUCUUCAUCUUAAACGUAUCAAAUUAGGGAAUGACAUUUGUUCAUAUAAAAAUAAAAAAGGAAAAAACUAAUAAAUUUGUUGUAACAAGAAUGGGAGAACUAGAAUAACAAUCAUUAAACCUGACAU